AUGGCGACAAGUGAUGUAAAGCUUUUGGGUAAAUUGAUAAGCCCCUUCGUCAAUCAGUAUAUCGAUGAAGCUUGGACUAAAAGCCCCUUCAUCCUCCCUUCUGAUCCCUACGAUCGAGGCACUGCUCAUUUUUGGGCAGCCUAUAUUGAUGAUAAGUGCUUCCCAUUAUUCAUAGAGCUUAGGACGACAGGGGAAGAGGGGAAGGCCAUGAUAAUAGAGAAAAUAGUUGAAGGGCUAGUGAUGUUGGAGGAAGUGUUUGGCAAAGUAAAAGCUUUCUUUGGUGGGGAUAGUAUUGGAUACCUUGAUAUUGCUCUGGGUUGCUACUUGCGGUGGCUGAGGGUGUUAGAGAUAACGGUUAAGGUAAAGUUGCUUACUGAAGCCAAGACACCGAAGUUGUUGGGAUGGGUUGAGAGGUUUUGUGCAAAUGAUGAUGUUAAUUAUGUACUACCAGAGCCUGCGAAGCUCAUAGAGAACAAAAUUCUUAAAUUUCUUGGUUUCAUGUGGAAUCCCUUGUCAUGGGUAAUGGAAGCUGCAGCAGUGAUGACAAUUGCUCUUGCUAACGGUGGAGGACAGGGUCCUGACUGGGAGGACGUUGUAGGGAUAGUGGGCCUGUUAUUUAUCAAUUCAACGAUUAGUUUUAUAGAGGAAAAUAAUGCUGGGAAUGCAGCAGCUGCCCUUAUGGCACGUUUAGCUCCAAAAACAAAGUCAGCUCUUACUGGAGAAUCUCUGCCCGUUACCAAGAAGACAGGCGACGAAGUUUUUUCUGGCUCAACUCGUAAACAUGGAGAGAUUGAAGCUGUAGUAAUAGCAACUGCAAUUAAUUCUUUUUUAGGAAAAGCUGCAUAUCUAGUUGACUCCACUAAAUUCGUUGGGCAUUUCCUACAGGUCCUUACCUCCAUUGGGAACUUCUGCAUUUGCUCUAUUGCUAUGGGAAUGCAUUUUGAAAUCAUUGUAAUGUUCGCUGUGCAGCACAGUUCUUACAGGAGUGUAAUCAAUAACCUUCUUGUGCUCUUGAUUGGUGGAAUACCCAUAGCAAUGCCGACAGGUGCCAUCACAAAGAGGAUGACAGCAAUUGAAGAAAUGGCUGGCAUGGAUGUACUUUGCAGUGAUAAAACUGGGACCCUUACCAUGAAUCGCCUUACUGUUGAUCGCAAUCUUAUUGAGGUUUUAAACAAAGAUAUGGUUGUAUUGCUUGCUGCCAGAGCAUCUAGACUGGAGAAUCAAGAUGCCAUUGACACAGCACUCAUUAAAAUGCUUGCUGAUCCAAAGGAGGCCCGUGCAAACAUUACAGAAGUGCAUUUCUUGCCAUUUAAUCCUGUGGAUAAACGUACUGCACUUACUUACAUUGGUUCUGAUGGUGAUUGGUAUCGGGCAAGCAAAGGAUCUCCGGAACAGAUUCUGAAUUUGUGCCAAGAGAAACAAGAGAUAUCUGCAAAAGUACACGCCAUCGUUGACAAAUUUGCUGAAAGGGGGCUUAAGGAUGGUUUGGUGGUGGCAAUAGUGUUAGGGACUCUUAGUUUCCUGUGGCAUGCAAUUGAUAAAGCCAAAGAUUCAAGAGAUGAAGUUCAGGAAAAAUCAAAGGAGAGCCCUGGAGGACCUUGGACAUUAUGUGGGUUAUUGCCCUUAUUUGAUCCACCAAGACUUGAUAGUGCCGAGACUAUUCACAGGGCACUUAACCUAGGGGAGAUCAGUUGGCAAUUGCGAAGGAGACAGGUAGACGACUUGGCAUGGGAACCAAUAUCUACCCCUCUUCGGCACUAUUCGGCCAUGACAAGGAUGAAUAUGAAUGUCAUUGAAAAAGCAGAUGGAUUUGCUGGUGUUUUUCCCGUGAUUAUUGCUAUGCAACAUCCAGAACACAGGUACGAAAUUGUAAAGAUCCUACAAGAACAGAAGCAUGUGUGUGGAAUGACUGGAGAUGGUGUAAAUGAUGCACCUGCUUUAAAGAAAGCAGAUAUUGGAAUAGUAGUUGCAGAUGCAACAGAUGCUGCUAGGGAUGCUGCUGAUCUCGUCUUAACAGAGCCUGGCUUAAGUGUGAUUUUCAGUGCUGUUUUAACAAGCAGGGCUAUAUUUCAAAGAAUGAAGAACUAUACAAGUCCUGAGAGUAAUGAAAUUUCAGCCAAGGAAAUAUAUGCUGUCUCCAUUACUAUUCGGAUUGUGCUUGGUUUUACACUUCUGGCAUUGAUAUGGGAAUAUGACUUCCCACCUUUCAUGGUUCUGAUAAUAGCUAUACUGAAUGAUGGUACCAUUAUGACUAUUUCUAUAGAUAGGGUGAAACCAUCUCCAAGGCCUGACAGUUGGAAGCUGAAUGAGAUAUUUGCAACCGGAAUUGUCAUUGGCACUUAUCUGGCUUUAGUGACUAUCUUAUUCUACUGGGCUGCAGCAAGCACCACUUUCUUUGAGACUCACUUCCAUGUGAAGUCGCUAUCAGGAAAUACUGAAGAAAUUUCAUCUGCUAUAUACCUGCAAUCAAAGUUGGUCAUUUCUGGAGAGACCUGUGACUCUUUUGAUGUGUGGCUUUGUGGUAGCUCAAUUGGAAUUAUAUGGCUAUAUAGUCUGGCUUUCUAUGUACCCCUGGAUAUUAUUAAGUUUCUUGUUCACUAUGCUUUGAGUGGGAAAGCCUGGAAUCUACUGUUUGAUAGGAAGACAGCAUUUACAUCCAGAAAAGAUUAUGGGAAAGAAGAAAGGGCAGCUAAAUGGGUACUCUCUCAAAGAUCACUACAAGGGUUGAUGUCUGGAGAGUUUAGGAUUAAGAGAAGCAGGUCUUCUCUGCUUGCUGAGCAGACCGGACGGCGUGCAGAAAUAGCCAGGCUAGGAGAGUUGCACACUUUGAGAGGACAUGUAGAAUCAGUAGUGAGGCGUAAGAAUUUGGACUUAAAUACAAUCCAAACAGCACAUACAGUCUAA